AUGGCGUCGCAUCUCCUCCAUACUUUUCUUCUUUGUCUCUUCUUCUUCUUCAACUUCAAGUUUCCAGUUAAAACCCUCUUUGUUUCAGCUGAUCAGACGGUUAAAACUUACAUUUUCCGAGUGGACAGUCACUCUAAGCCGUCCAUCUUCCCCACCCAUUACCACUGGUACAGCUCUGAGUUCACUGACCCUCUCAACAUUCUACACGUAUACGAAACUGUUUUCCAUGGCUUCUCUGCUUCUCUGACUCCAUCUCAAGCCGCUUCUGUGCUUCAACACCCUUCGAUCCUCGCGACAUUUGAAGACCGUCGCAGACAGCUCCAUACCACACGGUCGCCUCAAUUUCUCGGGCUCCGAAACCAGCAGGGUUUAUGGUCCUAUUCCGAUUAUGGCUCCGAUGUGAUAAUCGGAGUGGUCGAUACCGGAGUUUGGCCUGAACGACGUAGUUUCUCCGAUCGGAAUCUCGGCCCUGUUCCGGCUCGCUGGAAAGGCAUUUGCGAAGCUGGAGUCAAAUUUACUGUCAAAAACUGUAAUCGAAAACUUGUCGGAGCUCGAUUUUUCUCUAAAGGACACGAAGCAGCAUCCGGUUUUGGUGGAAUGGGUGGAGGAAUCAAUGAAACCGUUGAAUUUCGGUCUCCGAGAGAUGCCGACGGACACGGAACUCAUACGGCGUCGACGGCUGCCGGAAAACAUGCUUUUCAGGCAAGUAUGGAAGGUUAUGCUUCGGGAGUCGCCAAAGGUGUUGCUCCGAAAGCUCGAUUAGCGGUCUACAAGGUCUGCUGGAAGAAUUCGGGAUGUUUCGAUUCCGAUAUUCUCGCUGCAUUCGACGCCGCCGUUUCCGACGGUGUCGACGUAAUUUCAAUCUCGAUUGGAGGCGGCGAUGGCAUUUCUUCGCCAUAUUACCUGGAUCCAAUCGCAAUCGGAGCUUAUGGAGCUGUUUCAAGAGGUGUAUUUGUGUCUUGUUCAGCUGGAAAUGAUGGACCUAAUGGAAUGUCCGUCACUAACCUCGCGCCGUGGCUUACAACAGUUGGAGCCGGCACCAUUGAUCGCGAUUUUCCGGCCGAUGUGAUUCUCGCCGACGGGAGGAAAAUCGCCGGCGUAUCCUUAUACGCAGGACAGCCUCUGAAUGGAAAAAUGUAUCCUCUGGUUUAUCCUGGUAGAUCAGGAUUACUCUCUGCUUCACUGUGUAUGGAAAAUUCACUUGAUCCUAAUCUGGUGAAGGGUAAAAUCGUGAUCUGUGAUCGAGGAAGCAAUCCCCGGGUUGCUAAAGGAUUGGUUGUGAAGAAAGCCGGCGGUGUAGGUAUGAUCUUAGCUAACGGAAUUUCAAAUGGUGAAGGUUUGGUGGGUGAUGCUCAUCUUUUACCGGCUUGUGCCGUCGGUGCCGAUGAAGGCGAUGCCAUUAAGUCCUACAUUACCUCCAAUUCACUCGCGACAGCAACGAUUAAUUUCCGAGGGACUUUACUGGGAAUUAAGCCGGCGCCGGUGGUAGCUUCGUUCUCGGGAAGAGGACCAAAUGGUCUAAACCCUGAAAUUUUGAAGCCAGACUUGAUAGCUCCUGGUGUGAACAUUUUGGCAGCAUGGACUGAUGCUGUUGGUCCAACGGGUUUGGAUUCGGAUAAACGAAAAACAGAAUUCAAUAUACUAUCUGGUACCUCAAUGGCUUGUCCUCAUGUAAGUGGCGCAGCGGCCUUGCUUAAGUCGGCUCAUCCAGAUUGGAGCCCGGCAGCUAUACGAUCAGCUAUGAUGACAACUGCUAACAUUGUGGACAAUCAGUUGAAACCCAUGACUGAUGAAUCCACUGCCAAGCAAUCAACGUCCUAUGAUUUUGGUGCUGGGCAGUUGAAUCUUGAUCGUGCAAUGGAUCCCGGACUUGUUUAUGAUAUCACCAAUGCUGAUUAUGUGAGCUUUUUGUGCUCCAUUGGGUAUGGUCCGAGGACAAUUCAGGUGAUCACCCGAACACCGGUGAAGUGUCCGAUGAGAAAACCAUUGCCAGAGAAUCUGAAUUAUCCUUCAAUUGUUGCAUCUUUUUCGAGCUCAUCGAUGGGAGUAACAAGCAAGACGUUCCUUAGGACAGUGACGAAUGUGGGGGAGAGAAAUGCGGUGUACAGGGUCAAGGUUGAGCCACCCAAGGGAGCGACGGUGAGUGUCAAACCGUGGAACUUGGUGUUCUCGGAGGGAAAGAGGAAACUGAGCUAUUUUGUGACUGUAACUGUGGAUAGCAAGAAUCUGGAGUUGGAUGAGUCGGGUGCUGUGUUCGGGUCAUUGUCUUGGAUGGAUGGAAAGCAUGUGGUUCGGAGCCCCAUUUUGGUGACCCAAAUAGACCCUCCAUUGUAA